AUGCCUAGCAUCAGCGAUUGUCGUUCCCUUGCCCUUGCAAUCUUGGACCUCCCUUCUCAGCCAACCGUCAUUGUCUGUGGGCGCCGCAAGGAAAGGCUCGACGAACUGGUUGCCUCCCACAAUGCCACCGGACGACUCAAGAGUGUUACUCUUGACGUGCUUUCAGAACGCAACGCUCUCAAGUCUUCCAUCGAAGAUAUCGUCAACACUUACCCAGACCUUGACGCUGUUCUUUUCUCGAGUGGCAUUCAACGUGCUUUCGACUUCACGAGGCCAGAUACCAUUGAUCUCGACUCUCUCGAGUGUGAACUUGCCACCAAUUAUACUUCAAUUGUCAGAAUGAUCACUUUCUUCCUCCCUCAUCUUAUCAAGCUUGGAGAGCAAGGCCGUCCGACAUUCUUGUACCCAGUUUCCUCAGGACUGUCCAUCUAUCCCGCCGCCGGAGUCCCUGACUACUGCGCAACAAAAUCUGCCCUCCACAGUUUGAGUAUCUCACUAGCUGUUCAGCUCAAGAAGAAGAAUGUUCACGUGGUCGAGAUUAUUCCUCCACUCGUCGAGUCGGAGCUGCACGGCUUCCAAGGUGCAACGCAAGGACUGAGUCGUUUCUGGCUUACGCUUGAAGAAUACACGAAAGAGACAAUGGAGGGCCUUGUUCGAGGCGACCCGUAUGUUCCAGCGGGGACUGCUGUUGAACGGUACAAAAAGUUCGAGGGUGGGAAGCUGGAGGCUGCAGCGAGGUUAUAUGGGCAAUCCUGAUUCAGACAAAGAGAACACAAAUAUUAUUGUUGUAACGUGUUCCUGGCCAUUUCGCUACUGGGAGUAAGUUCAAAAAAAUUAAACACAGUAUCUUGGGAAAUUACGUUGCGUCGUGCAUAGUCUAUGAAUACUAUUUAAGUACUAAGUAGCAGACGAAGUUAAUAUAAGCUUUGCCAAUAUACCUG